AGCUCCUCUCAAUCUUUCACGGAUCUCAAGGUUAAAAAUAGCACAGCGUGCAUACGCUCGUGUUCUAAGAUGGUUUCACAAUGCGAAGUCAGUAAACAAAAAUAAUAAAAUUCCACUAUCAGAACCUCUAAAUGCAUCUGAACUUGAUAAUGCACUUAUUGUUUUAGUGAAACAGUCACAAAAUUCUUGGUUUAAAAAGGAAAUGUUCAUGUUGUUGCAAAACAAGCCACUUAAGUCAAACUCAAAUAUUGCCUCACUCAAUCCUUUCAUUGAUUCUAAAGGUAUACUACGGGUAGGUGGACGCAUUGGUGACUCCAAUUAUGAUUAUGAUAAACGACACCCAAUACUUUUGCAUGGUAGUUGUCGCUUAACUCAGCUCCUCUUUCAGCAAGAACAUUUCCGUCUCAUGCAUGCCGGGCCACAGCUUCUUCUGACAUCUAUAAGAGAUCGAUUUUGGCCUAUAGGUGGGCGAAAUCUGGCCCGCAGCACUGCGCGUAAAUGUUUUGUAUGUAGUAGAUUUAGAGGCAAGCCUAUGACAAACAUAAUGGGAAACCUACCAGUAGAGCGUGUUAUGCCAGAUUUUCCAUUUGCUACUGUCGGUACUGACUUUGCCGGUCCUUUCCUUAUCACCGACCGAAAAGGAAGGGGAUGUAAAAUUACGAAGUGCUAUCUUUGCAUCUUCAUUUGUUUCAAUUAUAAAUGCAUACACUUGGAGGCGGUUAGUGAACUCUCCAAGGAUGCUUUUAUUUUAGCGCUUAAGCGCUUCAUUGCACGUAGAGGUCUGCCUAAAUUAAUUAGCUGUGAUAAUGGUGGAAAUUUUGUAGCCGCGGCCCGCGAAAUUAAAGAUUUUUUGAACUCGAAAGAGAACACUAAUGCCGUUCUAGAUUUCUCAGCUCAGCAAGGCCUAGAAUUUAAAUUUACACCAGCAUACGCCCCUAAUUUUGGAGGAUACCAUGAGGCUGGGGUCAAGUCAGCCAAAUUUCAUUUGCGUAGGAUAUUAGGGAACGCACAUUUGACCUUUGAAGAGUUGAGCUCACUGUUCGCACAAAUCGAGGCCAUCCUUAACAGCCGUCCCCUCUGCCCUCUCAGUCCUUCCCCUGACGACCUACAGCCCCUCACACCGGGACACUUUUUGAUUGGCAGGCCACUCACUGCACUGCCCGCACCAACGCUGACGGACUGCAACACCAAUCGCUUGGAUCGCUACCAGCGCCUCGAACAAGUUCGGCAGCACUUCUGGCGUCGCUGGUCCAACGAAUACGUCGGAGAACUGCAGCAACGUACCAAGUGGCGGGUCAGGUGCACGGACCUUAAGACUGACGACAUGGUACUGCUGAAAGACGACAGCGCCCCCCCUCUCUGCUGGCGCCUCGGCAGAGUGGUGAAGUUGUUCCCGGGAACCGACGGAGUCCCGCGCGUCGCUGACGUGUCUACCUCGCGUGGCGUGGUGCGCCGCGCUCUCAAUCGCAUCUGCCUACUGCCUAUGCCGGUGGCGGACGACAACAAAACUUGAAAGGUUGCAAUACCUUUCAAUGGCCCGGAGGAUGUCUGCGCCCGCAAAGAUAGUCUGUUUUAGUUAGUAUAUAAGAUUCAAAUUUGCAAUGUAUAAAGUUACCAUGAUCUAUGAUAGCGGGCCGAUGCCCCCACCACUUCUCUCGAACAUUCACCUUUGGGCUACCGAGCCACGCGCCUGUGUACAAUUAACUAAUUGUUGUAAUCUAUUUUUGG